GCAAUAGAAGCGGUAAGUUAGUUAGAUUCUAGGAUUAAACUUUAUGUUUACGGCAAUCCUAAAUUUUGAAAGCGGAUCAUGUUCAAAGGUCUCCAGUUAUCAAGGGAAGGUUACAUAGGGUGUGUUUAGGAAAACAUUACUGUUAACAUAAUCCAAGAUUUUCUCAACACACCCAUAUACUUGCUUCUUAAUUUUCAAUUUCGGUGCCUUGCAAAUGGAAAACCAAACAUGGGUAUAAUCUCUAAGGAAAACUGAAGAUGAGGAUUUCUUGUUGGCCAAUUUCAGUUUUAUUCUGAUCAACCGAGUUGCCAUUGUUUGCUCUUGUCAAAAGUUAUCCUGAACCUCCUUCGAUCUCGGAAAGAAAAGCAUGGCAUAAUUCUUUGCCCAAUCUCACAAGUCUCCAAAACUAGCUUAUAACCACAUCUCCAAGUCAAAAUCAAGAAUUCAUUUUUUUUACCUGCUCUCAUCUUACGUUCACCACACAAAUCAAGGUUUAAGCAAUUACACAAAGAUGAUACAACCUUUAUUCAUGCUUUUGAUUACCCAGAUGGCAUUAACCUUAGUAUUAUCUUUUGCAAAUCCAAUUCGAAAAUUGGUGGUGAAGGGUCUAGACCUUUCGAAGCAGGGAAGGGGCCCCUUGGUUACAAAAACUGUGGCAGCAACCAUGCUUGUGGUCUUCAGCUCCACCGUGUAUACAAUAACCGAAAUUAAAAAGCGUAUAAAGGAUACUGGCAUAGUUAAUCCCACUGAUGAGGUUCUCAUGGCAUAUCGUCUCUUGGAAGCAUUUUUCUUGGGAUUCUCUCUAUUCCUUGGAUUGGUUAUCGACAGACAACAUUAUUAUAUCAGGGAGAUUAAUUUACUGAGGAGAAGCUUGGAAACAGCGAAAAAACAAAACCUCAGUCCUGAUUCCUCAAAGAGAAGAGCAGCAGUGCCAGAUAAAUAGAACGUGAGACUGAGGUUGCACAUAACCAAUGUCCUGAACAGGAAAAAUCUGAAGGAGACUAUGAACUGUUGCAUGUCCUUGUAGGAAUGUUCAACACUCAGAAUUGAAUCGAGCAUACGUGUAUAAUUGUUCUAAUUGUGUCUGUGUUCAUAUUAAUUAUUUAUUUUACUUUUAUGUAACAAUAAUUACUGAAUAUAAGUAAAGUUUCACAUUUGAA